GUCAGAGACCAGACGAAGAAGUGUAAGCGUAAACAAACAUGGCGGACGGCUUGCGUCCAAAGACCGAGCUCGUUAUACAUACAAUCGCAACAACGGAGUUUUAGCAUAGCCAGCAGGUUACCUAGGCAACCACAGCCCGUCUGAAGUAUUCUACUGUCAAAGAUUACUCGACUCUGGUUGUGGCGUCCUGUGGACCAUGGAGCAGUACAGCAUUCUGGGCCGUGUGGGAGAAGGCGCUCACGGCAUCGUGUUCAAGGCCAAGCACAUUGAGACGGGCCAGACGGUGGCGCUGAAGAAGGUGGCUCUGAGGCGCCUGGAGGACGGCGUGCCCAACCAGGCCCUGCGAGAGAUCAAGGCCCUGCAGGAGAUCCAGGACAACCAGCAUGUGGUGGCGCUGAAGGAGGUCUUCCCUCACGGGACGGGCUUCGUCCUGGUCUUUGACUUCAUGCUCUCCGACCUCUCUGAGGUCAUCAGGAACUCCCAGCGCCCUCUGACCCCGGCGCAGGUCAAAGGUUACAUGCUGAUGCUGCUGAAGGGCGUGGCCUUCCUGCAUCACAACAACAUCAUGCACCGAGACCUGAAGCCUGCCAACCUCCUCAUCAGCUCCUCGGGACACCUAAAGAUCGCCGACUUCGGUCUAGCCCGCCUCCUCAGCCAGAACCCAGAGCGACUGUACAGCCACCAGGUGGCCACCAGGUGGUAUCGUGCUCCUGAAUUGUUGUAUGGAGCCAGAAAGUACGACACGGGGGUCGACCUGUGGGCAGUAGGUUGUAUUUUUGGGGAAUUGCUGAACUCGUCUCCUCUGUUUCCUGGGGAGAACGACAUCGAGCAGCUAUGUUGUGUCCUCAGGGUGCUGGGGACACCCACGCGUGACACCUGGCCUGAAAUGGUAGACUUGCCAGAUUACAACAAAAUCACCUUCAAGGAGAAUCCCGCCAUCCCAUUGGAGGAGCUUGUCCCUGACUCCUCCCCCGAGGCCGUCCACCUGCUCUACAAGUUCCUGGUUUAUCCGUCAAAGCGGCGAUGCCCCGCCCACCAGGCUCUGGUCCACGCCUACUUUUUCUGCCCGCCUCUCCCCGCCCACCACUCGGAGCUGCCCAUCCCUCAGAGGGGCGGCGGCCAUCCCCACCAGCGGAUGCAGGCUCCGCCCUCCGACUUCUCCACAGACCUCCCCCUGGAGAAGAGCGUGGUGGACCCCGCACUGCUGCGGAGACACGCCUCCUGCCUGUGACCGCUGCAAAGAUAUCAAGUAUGGCAAAGGGGGGCAGGGCCUCACUGCAGUGCAUUGUGGGACUUGUAGUUAUUUUGUCCUCAAGACAAGACAGAAGAAAAGCAUUAAAAUGUUUAAUCAUUUGUUGAAAGUUUCAUCAGGCCAUAAAAGAGACAGGAAGUGGAGGGUUUGGGGGGCGGACAUCUUGCUGGGGAAGUCAACGAGGCACUUUGUUACCACUUAGCUGCAGGACGUCGGCCAUCUUGGCUGUUGCUAUAGUGGUCGCCGUAGCGACGUGUGUAUGGCUCUAGUUCAACUUCUAAAGGUUUUUCAUCACAAGCAAGCAAGUAGUUUCUAUUCUCUAUAGUGGUCAUAUAUCAAGGUUAUUUCCUUUUAGAAAAAUAAAAAAAAAUGACAUGCUUGGAAGGGUCGAGGUCAAAGUUCAGCCGAGGUCUUUGCAUAUGCUUUUUAAAAGUGUCAUUGGCCACGCCUCUUGUCCCGCCCACCACCUCCUCAGAGCGUCCAAUCACAUGCAGGAAGAGGCGGGUCUUAG